AUGUUAAUGUUGACACUGCUGCCUUUGGAAGAUCGGAGGCAGGGUCUCGUGUUCACACUGAAGAGAGAAGCCUUUCGCAAAGCACCCGAGGCCUGGGGGAAGCCGGCCUUCCUGCUGCCCUGCUCCAUCGUGCCAGGGCCCCACAGUCCCCCGCCGCACGGCCACCAGGCCGCCCCCGUCCCGUCCUGUGCUCUGGUCACUCGGGAGCCCUGUCAGGCUGUCCGGCUGAGGCUUCUGAUCACGAGCCAGAGCGGGUCCGGCUUCUCUGUCUCACUGGAUGGAUCCCGAGAGGAAAGGAGCCUCGGGCUGGGUGCGGCUUCCGCAGGACAGCACUACCACGUGGUCCGCGUCCUGGUCACGCCGCUGCCUCCCCCUCCCCGCACACAGCGAGCCAGGGAGCCCGCGAAUCACCGCACGGCACAAAGGGGCCUGUGGAGCCCCGAGCAGGGUGGCGGCGAGCCUCGGACAGUCAGCGCGGCUCUAAGCCCUUCACGUCGGGCGUCUGCCAGUGGCGGGCCAAGUGGGGUCCACGCGAUCAGUGGGCACGGGCACCGGGCAGGAGUCUGUCCCACGCUCAGGGAUCAGCCGCACCGCUUCUUGGUUUUCCCGCUCGCUGCUCUGCCCCUAGUCUACGAGCCUGAUGGCACCAAGUCUCAGAACCACAGACGCCCGGGUGGGGCCGGAGCACCGAGUCUCAGCCCCGCAGACGCCCGGGUGGGGCCGGAGCACCGAGUCUCAGCCACGCAGACGCCCGGGUGGGGCCGGAGCACCGAGUCUCAGCCCCGCAGACGCCCGGGUGGGGCCGGAGCACCGAGUCUCAGCCCCGCAGACGCCCGGGUGGGGCCGGAGCACCGAGUCUCAGCCCCGCAGACGCCCGGGUGGGGCCGGAGCACCGAGUCUCAGCCCCGCAGACGCCCGGGUGGGGCCGGAGCACCGAGUCUCAGCCCCGCAGACGCCCGGGUGGGGCCGGAGCACCGAGUCUCAGCCCCGCAGACUCCCGGGUGGGGCCGGAGCACCGAGUCUCAGCCCCGCAGACGCCCGGGUGGGGCCGGAGCACCGAGUCUCAGCCCCGCAGACGCCCGGGUGGGGCCGGAGCACCGAGUCUCAGCCCCGCAGACGCCCGGGUGGGGCCGGAGCACCGAGUCUCAGCCCCGCAGACGCCCGGGUGGGGCCGGAGCACCGAGUCUCAGCACUGCAGACGCCCGGGUGGGGCCGGAGCACCGAGUCUCAGCACUGCAGACGCCCGGGUGGGGCCGGAGCACCGAGUCUCAGCCCCGCAGACGCCCGGGUGGGGCCGGAGCACCGAGUCUCAGCCCCGCAGACGCCCGGGUGGGGCCGGAGCACCGAGUCUCAGCACUGCAGACGCCCGGGUGGGGCCGGAGCACCGAGUCUCAGCCCCGCAGACGCCCGGGUGGGGCCGGAGCACCGAGUCUCAGCCCCGCAGACGCCCGGGUGGGGCCGGAGCACCGAGUCUCAGCCCCGCAGACGCCCGGGUGGGGCCGGAGCACCGAGUCUCAGCCCCGCAGACGCCCGGGUGGGGCCGGAGCACCGAGUCUCAGCCCCGCAGACGCCCGGGUGGGGCCGGAGCACCGAGUCUCAGCACCGCAGACGCCCGGGUGGGGCCGGAGCACCGAGUCUCAGCCCCGCAGACGCCCGGGUGCGGCCGGAGCACCGAGUCUCAGCCCCGCAGACGCCCGGGUGCGGCCGGAGCACCGAGUCUCAGCCCCGCAGACGCCCGGGUGCGGCCGGAGCACCGAGUCUCAGAACCACAGACGCCCGGGUGGGGCCGGAGCACCGAGUCUCAGCCCCGCAGACGCCCGGGUGGGGCCGGAGCACCGAGUCUCAGCACUGCAGACGCCCGGGUGGGGCCGGAGCACCGAGUCUCAGCCCCGCAGACGCCCGGGUGGGGCCGGAGCACCGAGUCUCAGCCCCGCAGACGCCCGGGUGGGGCCGGAGCACCGAGUCUCAGCCCCGCAGACGCCCGGGUGGGGCCGGAGCACCGAGUCUCAGCCCCGCAGACGCCCGGGUGGGGCCGGAGCACCGAGUCUCAGCACUGCAGACGCCCGGGUGGGGCCGGAGCACCGAGUCUCAGCCCCGCAGACGCCCGGGUGCCAUGCCCCGGGGAAUGCCGGGAAGAAGCGGCCGCGACCCGAGGCUGCCCAGUGGCCACGCCGCGGGGGCUGCCGGGAGAAGGUGCCAUGCCCCGGGGAAUGCCGGGAAGAAGCGGCCGCGACCCGAGGCUGCCCAGUGGCCACGCCGCGGGGGCUGCCGGGAGAAGGUGCCAUGCCCCGGGGAAUGCCGGGAAGAAGCGGCCGCGACCCGAGGCUGCCCAGUGGCCACGCCGCGGGGGCUGCCGGGAGAAGGUGCCAUGCCCCGGGGAAUGCCGGGAAGAAGCGGCCGCGACCCGAGGCUGCCCAGUGGCCACGCCGCGGGGGCUGCCGGGAGAAGGUGCCAUGCCCCGGGGAAUGCCGGGAAGAAGCGGCCGCGACCCGAGGCUGCCCAGGGAACCCUCACUCCUCAGCCAGCUUCCACUUGAUUCGCCCUGCGCCCCGCCCCUCGGGCCCGGCCGCCUCUGAUUGGCCGGCCGGCCGGCGGCGCGCUACCAUUGGCCCGUGGCCCCGGGGGCGGGGCGUCCGAGACUUCCCUCGGCGACCUCGCAGGCGACUCGCGGAGCGGCCGCAGCGGUCGGCGGCGCCGGAGGCGGCGGCUCAGGUAGGCGGCUCGUGCGGGCGGCGGUUGUCACCGCGCUCGCGGCUGUGGGGCCGGGCGCCGGGGCUGUGGGGCGGCGGGAGCGGCGUCGCGGGGCCGGGCCGGCAGGGCCUCCCGUCGGGGACCGAGGGCGCGGCGGCGGCGCUGGCGGCGGAGGGGCGCGGAGGGAGACGCGGGGCGGGGCGGGGCGGCGCGGCGCGGAGGGAGCGCGGGGCUCCUGGCCGGAGGGCGGCCGGAAGACCUCCUGCUCCAAGAUCCAAGGCGCUUCCUCUUGAACGUUACGGAGAAGGAGAUGGUCUAGCAGCUGUGUCUCCGGAGAAGUCACGUGGCUUUCAGGAGCGGGUAGAUGAGUGGGGUGUUGGAGUCCCGCUGAUGUUCCGGAGGGUCCGCACGGUCGCUUUUGCUUCUGUUGUGCCUCUGCGGCCUUGA